AUGCCGAAAAAGAAACAAGUUGCAUUUCAGAGUAAUAUUCCUGGAAAAUUUAUUCCGAGAGAUGAUCCACCAUCAGCAUCAGGUUUUCGAUUUGGAACAAAUACAAAUCGAUUUAAUUCUAAAAUGGUUGAAUUACUUGCUUCUUCUGAAUCAUCAUCAAUAACACCUUCAUCAACAAGAAUAAAUAAUGAAAAUGAAUCUAUAUUAAAUAUAACAAAAUCAUCUCAAAAUGAUCCAACAUUAUCAACUUCACCUGAUAUGACAACUAUUGAUUCAUCACGUAUUCAUUCAAGAUUAUUUCAUAGACGUAUUGUAACAAUGCUUGACACAUUAAAAAGACGAAGUGGUAAUAAUGGACCUACAUCACCUCCAACAUCACCAAAAAUUUUACCAUCAUAUACUGAAACAAAAUCUCAACCAAUUACAUUUGGUCAAUUACGACAAGCAACAAUAUCAUCUGCAACACAUACAUCAACAAUUAUUGGAGAAGUUUCAUCUUCAAAAGUUUUAACAGCUCGUUCAUAUAAUGAUUUAACAUCAAUAAAUACAACUACAAAUGUUAAAUCAUUAACAAUUGAUACUCGUUCAGAUUUAAAAUCAAUAUCAAUAAAUAAAUCAUCUUCAAAAUAUCAAACAAAUAAAGAACGACUUUAUUAUUCACCUUCACUUGAACAAUUACUUGAACAACAUAAUGUUGUUCCACGAAUGAAACAACAAGAUGAAUUAAAACAAGAACAAAAAGAAGAAGAACAACAGCAACAACAACAAAAACCACCAUUAACAGUUGAUGAAAUUCUUGCUACUUAUUAUUCUAAAGUUAAUAUACCAACAACUAUCGAAACACGACCAUCACCACCACCACCACCACCAUCUACUCAUGCAAAUAAUAAUAAUAUGGGUUUUUAUAUUCAUCCAUCACCAUUACGAUGGAAUACUCCUCAAACCAAUCAACCUUUUAUUCCUCCUUCUCCACUCGUAUUAAAUGAGCAAAAUAGAAAUCGACCACCGCCUCCAUCUUAUUCAUUCAGUAUAGCUAACGGUCAUCGACCACCUCCACCUGCAAAUAAUCUGGACCAACAUUUGAUUCAUCUACCUGUACCAUCAUCAAUACCAAAACAGGUCUAUAAUGAACCUCAGAUAACUCAGCAUCUACUAUCCGGAAAUUCACCAGUAACUUUACCAACAUCUUCUUCACCCAUUAUGAUGAAUACUCCUGUUCGACCUCCACCUCCACGUUAUGAAUUACCAAUAUCAAAUAUCGAACGUCCACAUUCAGCAUUAUCAUCAAUGAAUCAUCCAAAUUAUUCUCAAACAAAUCCACCACAAGCUGGUUUUGAUCGUGAAUUUUCUCGUUUACUUUAUGGUAAAGAUGGCGGAAAAAAUCGACAUCAACAACAGAAACGUAAAGCAUUUAGUGAUCCUGUUAAAAAAAGUGUUGAAGAAGCAGGUCGAUCAAUUGAAAAAACUCAUCGUCGAUUGACACCUCAUUUAAAUACAACUGAUACAGUUAAUGAAGAGGAAGAAAAUACUAAUGAUUCAAAUAAUAUUGAUAAACAAGAACGAAGUUUAUUUUCACAAAGACGUUUUCAACAACAAUCAGAUUUUAUAGUAAACAAUCGUGAAUCAGCAAAAAAACCAAUUGUACCUCCAAAUCCAUUAUUAAAACGGCCAAUACCAUCAUUUUUACAUGUUUAUUCUCAAGCAUCAUCAUCUAAUGAUAUUCUUCUUCAAUGGCAUUUAUUUAGUUUAUCUGAGCUUGAAUCAUUCGAUGCCAUGAUGACAAAAUUAUAUCGAGAUGAAAAUUUUAUUCGUGUUCAAUAUUAUGAAAAUUAUCGAGGAUUACUAACAUCAAUAUUAGAAUCAAAAAAAUCAUUAAAUAAAGUUAGGAUUAAUGAUAAAGAUGAUGAUGGUAAUACAAUAGCAACAACAGCUUUGUAA